AUGGCAGGAAGACCAUCGGCACGAGGAAAAAGGCAGGCUGCAAACCAGGAAUCGAGCAGAAACAGCCCAAAAAGAAGAGGAAGAAAUGUAAAUGCAGAAGAAAUCCAUAGUGAAAACACAUCCCCAAGUGAUUAUAUGGUGGACAGAGAAAUAGUGCUUAGCUCUGAAGAAGAGAACAACAAUGAAAUAGUUUUAAGCUCAGAUGAGCCAAGCAGUACUCUAAAGCAUAAUCAGGCAGAUAACUACUCAUCAGAUGCCAAUGAGGGCAAUGAGAAGAAGGAGCUUUUGGAAGAAGACCAGGAAGACUUGAUUCCAGAGGAGCAAGAAGAAGAGAGCACAAAUAGAUCGCGCAGAAAGAGAAAAUCUGCAGAAAAAGCAACUACCACUACCGCACCAGCAAUGAGAAAGGAAGCUGAGAAAAAGAAAGUUGAAAAAAAAGUAAAGGACAGUGCAGACACAACAAAGAUUCAGGAGGAGAUCCUCAAAUUUAUAAUAGAGAGAAAUGAGCCACUGAAUGCAAUAGAAGUGGGUCUAAACUUUCAAACAGGGCCAUAUGCUGUAGGACAAUCCGCUGUAAAGAAGAUUCUUCUGUACCUAACAGAACAGAACCUAAUAAGAGAGAAGAAAGCAGGUAUAACUUCUGUGUUUCUCCCCAUUCACACCAAAGAAGAUAAUGACACCGACACUACCGAGCUAGAUGCAAAGAUGGCGAAUCUUAUAGAGGAAAAGAAGGUGCUGGAAGAAGAGGUAAGUCAGCUGCGGCAAGAGAAAAAGGAGUUGCAAAUGUAUCCAGCAGACUGUGAUUUAUUAGAUGAGCUAGAAAGUGUGGGAAAAGAGCUUAGUGAAAAGAAGGCCCAGAUAAAGAAGUAUGCAGCAAAUACAGGAACUAUAGAUCCAAAAGAAAAAAAGAAACUAGAAAAAGCGCUUGAAGAUACAAUAGCUCUAAAGAAGAAGGUGAAGAAGUACUUCAAGUCUAUUCUUGCAGAAAUGGCAGAAGGAUCAAAUAUGAAGCCGUGCGCAAUACUUGAAAAUCUUGGAAUAACCUUGCCAGAGAACUAAUCAAUCAAAGGCCGUCUAUUUUGCCAACUAAGCAAUUUCAAAAAAAGUCUAAUUUAAGAGUAUUAAGAGCAUAUAAUCAACAGAUUGGCACUAAUUAAUAUAGACGGCAUAAUUUCGGUUUUCGGGUUAUUUCAGAUAAACACUAAAUAUGAUGCUUUUUAUUAGAGAAUUCCUUUCUCUGUCUUAUGCUCAUCUAUAUUUCAAUUUAUG